AUGGUCAAAGAAGAUCGUUCAACAUGGAAAGCUAAAUACACAAUGCGUUUAACGCAAUAUUUGGAUGAAUAUCCGAAAGUAUUCAUUGUUGGUGCUGAUAAUGUCGGUUCGCGUCAAAUGCAAAAGAUCCGUGUAUCUCUCCGUGGCCAUGCUGUUCUUAUGAUGGGAAAAAAUACAAUGAUGCGUAAAACAAUUCGAGGACAAACGUCAAAAAAUUCAAGUUUAGACAAACUAUUACCACAUGUUUAUGAAAACAUUGGCUUUGUUUUUACAAAAGAUGAUUUAAGUUCUAUUCGCGACAAACUUUUGGAAAACAAGGUCGCUGCUCCAGCUCGCGCCGGUGCUAUUGCGCCAGUUGAUGUUACUAUACCCGCUCAAGUAACUGGUUUAGGUCCUGAAAAAACAAGCUUUUUUCAAGCACUUCAAAUUCCGACAAAAAUUACACGUGGUACUAUUGAAAUUAUUAAUGACGUCCAUUUAAUUAAAAUCGGUGAUAAAGUUGGUGCUAGUGAAGCAACAUUACUUAAUAUGUUGAACAUUUCACCCUUCAGCUAUGGUCUUAUUAUUCGUCAAGUUUAUGAUUCUGGUUCAUGCUUCGACCCAUCAAUUCUUGAUAUUAAGCCAGCUGAUUUGCGUAUGAAAUUUUCUCAAGGUGUUCAACGUUUAGCAGCAUUUUCACUUGGUAUCAACUAUCCAAAUCAAGCAUCAGCGCCUCAUCUUAUAAUGAAUGGAUUUAAACGUUUACUUGCAUUAGCUGCCGAAACUGAUGUCGACUUCGAACAAGCUAAAACUUUGAAAGAAUAUUUGAAAGAUCCAUCGAAAUUUGCCGCCGCUGUAGCACCAGCCACUGCUGCACCAGCUGCCAAAACGGCAGCUCCAGCAGCCAAAGCACCCGCAAAACCAGAACCGGAAUCCGAUGAUGAUGAUAUGGGUGGUCUUGAUAUAUUUGGUUAA